GAAUCAGCUGUAAAAUUAUUUCGUAUAUCCAGUUUUUGUAAGAAUAUCCUUCGUUACAUGAGUAACUAAUUAAGUUAAUUGCUUUAUUGUUCAAUUUGAUCAGCGGCCAUUUAAUUUAGAAGUCGUAUAAAGUCAGCUUAUUGAAGGCGAUAGAACAUGAUUGAACUAUCAGCGAAACUGACCACUGGCACUGUAUAUUUAGCUGGUGAGGCUUUAGAAUGCUGUAUUUCAUUCUGUCACACCACCCAGCCAGAACAUAGGAACUCUCAAAGUCACAGUGAUAUACUGGAAAACUUAGCAUGGGCGUCAGCACAAAUCCACUGCUUCUAUUCGACAUCCGGGAGUUCAGGAGAAAAGACACCAACUAUAGAGAAGACAACUUCUUUGGAAGUUACUUCAUGUGAUAUUGGAGAUGUUGUAUUUCAUACCAAACCCAAAAUAUUGUUUUGUGAUUUGACUAUACCACUUGGAGAUACUAAAACUUUUUGGUACAGAGAAUCACUGCCUAUCGAAGCCCCACCAUCCUACAGAGGUACAUCAGUGAAGUACUCAUAUAAAGUAACUAUAGCCACUCAGAAAGUUGGGUCUCACAUCAAAAUGGCACGGAUACCAUUCAGAGUAUUACCAAUCAGCCCCAUAAUGAACAUGCAAGACCUUGCCGCAUUAUGUGGGAAUGAAACCACAGAGGAACUGCAGCCAACCAAUCCGUUUUCUGAGGAACGGAAAGUUGAAACGCCCUUGACCAUGGCUUUACAAGUAUUACAGAAUCUCACAGCCAGAAGGAGUCCAAACUCAUUCAUGAUCACAAACACUCGUGGUAAGGUGGGCAGGUUCUGCCUGUUCAAGUCUGCCUACAAGCUGGGAGAAGACAUUGUCGGGACCUUCGACUUCUCCGUCGGGAAUGUCACUUGUAUGCAGGUUUCUGUAUCUCUGCAACCAGAAGAAAUUGUGAAGUCCAAGUCACCACCAAAGAGUAUGAACAAAGAGACUGGCAGCAGAACCAUGACAGUGGCCAGGUUCCACGAAGUGACGGUCGGCCUCACACACUCGCAGCUCAUCCUACCCAUACCACUCCAUAUCACACCUGCUUUCGAAGUGGAUGAAGUAACACUAAAAUGGCGGCUCCACUUCGAGUUUGUGACAACAAAUGAGAGGUUAUUCCCCAGUCCUGAAGACAAAGACUGGACAGCCCCUCUCAACGUUCCCAUAGAGACAAUGGUGUGGAACCUGCCUGUCAAGAUCUACUCUACUUUGCCAAAACAAAUCACCCAACAUACUGUAGGCAAUGACGCUUAUUCUAUGAACAUUAAAUAGUCAAUUUAAAUUUUUAAAACCAUUACUACUUAUCUGUAAGCAUAAAUUAAAUGUGAAUCAUUCCCUAAAUUUAGUAAAUAAAAGAUAAUGUAACUGAGAUAUUUACACUUAUUUAUUAAAAUUGUACUUAACAAA